AUGGCAGCAGAAAUCUUAAAUAUUCAACGACAAAUCAUUUUUGAUGAGUCGAUUGCACACUAUGAAGCACAUGCUCAUCUCCCGUAUGCUUCAUCAACAUUCAACAACAGCGAUGAAAUAAGAAUUGCUGUUCAACAUCAAGAUUUAUGUCUACUUUCAAGUAAAAGUACACUGCAUGUGUACGGAAAAUUCACAAAGUCUGAUGGUACAGCUGUAAGUGCAACUACUCACAUGGUAAAUAUGACAGUCUGUCAUAUGUUUGAAGAAAUACGCUACGAGCUCAAUGGUGUUGAGAUUGAUCGUAACAAAAAUGUUGGCAUCACAAGUCUCAUGAAAGGAUUCACGUCACUGAGUCCAGCUCAACAAAAUACACUCGAGAACUCAGGCUGGAUUAUGGAUGAAGCUGUUAACAAAUUACACAAUGACAAUGGCUACUUUGAUGUAUCUAUACCACUGAGUCUUUUGCUUGGAUUUGCUGAAGAUUACCAUAAAGUUGUCAUCAAUGCAAAGCAUGAAUUGAUUUUAAUAAGAUCAAAUGCUGAUUUGAAUGCCUACGUUGUGGCUACACCUGCUGCUGGAGCUCAUGCUGAAGCUGUUAAAAUUAUGCUUUUCCGAGCUUGGGAGCUGUACGAGUAUCCACUAUUACCUAAUACUUCGAAGCACAUUUGGGCAGUUAAAACAUCUACGCAGCUCGAGAAACCACGUUUUGUGAUACUUGGAUUUCAAACAGCAAGAAAAAAUGAUGCAACUAAAAAUGCCAGCGUAUUUGAUCACUGCAACAUCAGAGAUAUAAAAUUAUUUUUAAACUCUCAGAGUUAUCCUUAUGGGAAUUUAAACCUCAACAUUGCAAAUAAUCAAUAUGCUCUGUUGUAUGAUAUGUAUAUAAAUUUCCAAAUUUCAUACUACAACAAAGAACCUGAACCACGGUUGACGAAGAAGAAAUUUUUGGAACAAGCACCACUGUAUGUUAUCGAUUGCUCGAAACAAAACGAAUCAAUAAAAUCUGGACAAGUGGAUAUUCGCCUGGAAUUUGAAUCUACAAAUCAAUUUCCUGCGCAGACAUCAGCUUAUUGUCUCAUUAUACAUGAUCGCAUAGUCGAGUAUAAUCCUAUAAGCAACAUCAUACGAAAACUAAUAUGA